AUGAACGUUUACAGAAAAUUCCAUUCUGGAGCUGAUGAAAGUGUCAGAGACGAGACAGAAAUUGCGACAGUACAAGCUGCAGGUUCUGAAGACGUGGAUAUUGCAGUCAAAGCUGCCAAAGUUGCCCUCAAGAGUCCAGCAUGGAAGCUCCUUCCCGCAACGGACCGUGGAGUCUUGAUGAACAAACUUGCAGAUCUCAUGGAGAAGAAUGUCGAGCUCCUUGCUACCAUCGAUGCAUGGGACAAUGGCAAGCCAUUUUCGGAGGCUUUGACCGGAGAUCUUCCCGAGGCCAUUGGUACAAUCAGGUACUAUGCCGGGUUUGCGGACAAGUCGUUCGGUCAAACGAUCAGCACCACGCCGCAGAAGUUCGCGUACACGAUUCGACAGCCCAUUGGAGUCGUUGGACAAAUCAUUCCUUGGAACUAUCCCCUGUCUAUGGCUUGUUGGAAGCUUGGACCCGCUCUGGCGUGCGGUAAUACUGUCGUCCUCAAGGCUGCUGAGCAGACUCCCCUAAGCAUCUUAGUGUUCGCAACUCUCGUCAAAGAGGCAGGUUUCCCGCCCGGCGUAGUGAACCUGAUCAACGGGCACGGCAGAGAAGCCGGGGCAGCUCUUGUCAGUCACCCAGAUGUGGAUAAGGUUGCUUUUACCGGAUCUACCGCGACUGCCCGCACUAUCAUGAAGCUUGCAGCUGGCACUCUCAAAAACAUCACGCUCGAAACUGGAGGCAAGUCUCCGUUGUUGGUCUUCGACGAUGCCGAUCUCGAUCAAGCUGUGAAAUGGUCCCACUUUGGCAUUAUGUCUAACCAGGGUCAAAUCUGUACGGCAACGUCAAGAAUCCUGGUACAGAAGACGAUCUAUGAAUCGUUUAUUCAGGCUUUCAAGGAUAGAGUGCUGUCGACUAGCGUGGUAGGCGAUCCUUUCGAGUCCAAAACUUACCAAGGUCCGCAAGUCACCAAGCAGCAGUACGAUAGCAUCCUCUCCUACAUAGAACGAGGCAAGUCUGAGAAUGCGACACUAGUCUGCGGUGGCGGACCUGUGGAAGGAACCAAAGGCUACUUCAUCGCUCCUACUGUAUUCGCCGACGUAACUGACGACAUGACGAUCUACCAAGAGGAGAUCUUCGGUCCGGUGGUUGUCAUUUCCAGUUUUGACACAGAGGAAGAAGCAGUAAUCCGGGCAAACAACACUACAUACGGACUUGGAGCCGCUGUCUUCACCAAAGAUCUUCAGCGUGCCCAUCGAGUCAGCGCAGAGAUUGAAGCAGGCAUGGUCUGGGUGAAUAGCAGUCAAGACUGCGACCCAAGAGUACCGUUCGGUGGAGUCAAGCAAAGCGGCAUCGGUCGCGAGCUCGGAGAAGCUGGUCUCGAAGCAUACUCGCAGAUCAAAGCGGUGCAUAUCAAUAUGGGGAACACGCUCUAG